AUGCAAGAGGUGUGCAGCACAUUGGACACCACCCCAAUGGGCGCUCAGAUAAAAUCGGAGUCGCCGCUCAAUCCGCUGCAGGUGCAAACGGGUCAAACGACCGUCGUGCCAGUUGUAAGCGGACCAGGACAACAGCAACAACAACAGCAGCAGCAGCAGCAAGGGCAAGGACCGCCAUCGGCGGUGAUGCUUGUCAACAAAAUGGCACCGAACUGUGAUAAACGAGCGGCUGAUACCGCCUACUGGAUGGCGGCCUCCGAGGGGGGCUUCAUCAAUUCGCAGCCCUCGAUGGCCGAAUUUCUCAAUCAUCUGAGUCCGGAGAGUCCGAAGAUUGGCACACCUGUUGGCGCAGGCGGAUAUCCGGUGGGCGUGGGCGUUGGCAACUUGCCGCAGACACCGGACGGCAUGGACUCGGUGCCCGAGUACCCCUGGAUGAAGGAGAAGAAGACGUCGCGCAAGAGCAGCAACAACAACAAUCAGGGUGAUAAUUCCAUAACUGAAUUCGUUCCAGAAAACGGCCUGCCCCGACGUCUGCGUACGGCGUAUACGAAUACACAGCUGCUGGAGCUUGAGAAGGAAUUCCAUUUCAAUAAAUAUUUAUGCCGCCCAAGAAGAAUUGAAAUUGCAGCCAGCCUGGAUCUGACCGAGCGACAGGUAAAAGUCUGGUUUCAAAAUCGCCGCAUGAAGCACAAGCGACAAACGCUAUCAAAGACGGACGAUGAGGACAACAAGGACAGCCUCAAAGGUGACGAUGAUCAAUCCGAUAGCAACUCCAAUUCGAAGAAAUCAUGUCAAGGCUGCGAACUGCCCUCCGAUGAUAUACCGGACUCUACGUCCAAUUCGCGAGGACACAACAACAACACGCCCAGCGCCACCAACAACAAUCCAAGCGCAGGCAGCCUUACACCCAACUCCUCGCUGGAAACUGGCAUCUCGUCCAAUCUGCUUGGCAGCACCACCGUAUCCGCCUCGAACGUUAUCAGCGCCGACUCAAGCGUUGCGUCCAGCGUUAGCCUGGACGAAGACAUUGACGAGAGUCCCAUCAAGGUCAAGAAGAAAGACGAGAAUCAUAGUCAGGUUAUUAAAAAAGAGGCCGUGUCCACUUCGUCCAAGGCAUCGCCUUUUGGCUAUGAUGCAGGUCCCAGUUUGGUCAGUUUUAGACGCGACCCUGAUGCUGCUCCGCCCACGACUAAAGCUGCUGGCAAAAAGCGUUACCAAAACACAAAUGCCGCCAAUGCAAUUGCUCUUGCCACGCCGCUUAACGAGAGCAACAAUGUCGCUGGACCCACUGGAUAUUUUCCUGGCCCUACUGGUUACUAUCCCAAUGCCAAUUCCAAUCCCAAGCAGCCACAAAUGCAGCUACCGCAGCCGCAGGACUAUUACGGCAAAUACGAUAUUGAAUUUGCUGCCUCGCCGCAACAGCAGCAAACGCUGCACGGCGAUUAUCUAAGUCCCAAACCAAGCGCUAAUUCUGCCAGCGCAAAUUUCCACCAAAAUAAUCAACAACAGCAGCACGAGCAGCAAUUCUAUUACAACUACAACGACACCAACGGCGGCAAUGCGUACAUGAACCAUCAGCAGCACCAUCCUGUUGGUGAUUUUGAAGCGCCACCUAUCAAUGGGCCAGCAAACUUCUAUGAACCCAAGUCGCAGCCAACAGGCGCGUCCUACUUCAAUAAUAUGAAUUACCAACAACAUCAGCAUCCAUCUUCAAUGUUCCAACAGCAGCAUCAACAACAACAACAGGCGCCACUAACCCACCAACAGCACAUGCAUCAUAUUGGCGCUGGCGAAACGUACAGUGCACUUGGAUUACAAAUGGAGAACUGCGAUGGCUACAAUAACUUUGCCGGUGGCUAUUAUGAGGCAGGAGCAGCUCAACAGGCGGCAGUACCAGCAGCGCAUGGGCAUCCGCACCAUCCGCAUCAUAUGCAAGCGCAAGGACACCAUCCCCACCUGCAUGCCCAUCACAAUCAUAAUCCUGUGGCUGGUGCAGCGACUCAAGUUGUGGGUGGAGCACCGCCCCCGCCUGCAACGCAUAUUCACUUGCCCAAUGCAAAUGUCAAUGCCAACUUUGCUUUGAACGGAGCAGCCGGCGGACAGGCUCAAGGAUUUGCUAACACUGGCCCAGGAGCAGCUGCCAUCAGCGGUCUGGAGAACUCGAAUAGCUCAUCGGACUUUAACUUUCUAAGCAAUCUGGCCAAUGACUUUGCGCCGGAAUAUUAUCAACUUAGUUAGUUUUGGUAACUUAUCUUCUAACUUCAGCUGUCCUUUUAUAAUUCUUGUCGCAGCACACAUAUCUGUA